AUGAAGCUGAACGUCAAGAACAUCCGCUACCUCACCCCGGAGGACUGGCGCGUCCUUACAGCGACAGAAAUGGGCACGCGCAACCACGAAGUCGUACCCACGUCGCUGAUCUCCUCGAUCUCCGGGUCCGGCAUAGGCGUGCACAAGUCCAUCUCGAACCUUGCAAAAAUCGGACUCAUCGCCAAAACCAAAAACGCAAAAUAUGACGGCUACCGGCUGACCUACGGCGGCCUGGACUACCUGGCGCUGCACACACACACGAAGUCCUCGACAGUCUUCAGUGUCGGAAACCAAAUCGGCGUCGGCAAGGAGAGCGACAUCUUCGUCUGCGCGAACGCAGAAGGGCGGCAGCUGGUCCUCAAGAUCCACCGUCUGGGCCGCAUAUCGUUCCGCACCGUCAAGGCGAACCGCGAUUACCUGCGCAAUCGCCAGGGCGGGAGCUGGAUGUACAUGAGUCGGCUGGCGGCGAUCAAGGAGUUCGAGUUCAUGAAAGCGCUGCGGCGCGAGGGGUUCCCUGUGCCCGAGCCCGUGGGACAGAACCGGCACACCGUGAUCAUGGGGCUGAUCGAUGCGUUUCCCAUGCGCACGAUUUCGAAAGUCGGCGAUCCCGCGACGCUGUACAGCGAGUUACUCGACUUCAUCGUGCGGUUUGCACAGCACGGAUUGAUUCACGGCGACUUCAACGAGUUCAACAUCCUGAUCGAAGAGAAAUUCGACGAGGAUGGGGAGCGCGUACAGCUCAUUCCCACGAUCAUCGAUUUCCCGCAGAUGGUGUCAAUCGACCAUGCGAACGCCGAGUUCUACUUCGACCGCGAUGUGGCAUGCAUCAAGCGCUUCUUCGACCGCCGCUUUGGCUUCACGAGCGACGAGCCAGGGCCGUUCUUCAAAGACGCCAUCCAAAAUCUGGUCAAGAGGCUAGAUGUCGAGGUGGAGGCUUCAGGGUUUAGCAAGAAGAUGGCCAAGGAGUUGGACGUGUACAUGAAGGAGCACGGUAUCGACGGCGAUGCUGGAGGUGCUGACGUGGAUUGCGAGGAUAAUGAUGACGUCGAGGACGAAGAAGCAGCAGACCUGGACAGCGGAGAGGAGGCUGGCGGCGUCUCUCUGGAAGGUGACGACGUCAAAGAGAGUGUGCCUACUGCAGAGGACACACCGUCAGAAAUCCAAAAGCCUAGCACUCUUGCAUCGCAGAUGACACUGCUCGACGUUCGAGACAACGAUCCCCUGCCGGAUCUGAGCGAGUGUAAGCCACGCCCGCAGUCGACUAUGACUACCAAAGCUGCAAAGAAGAAGGCCGGGUGGGCCAUAUAG